UUCAGACGAUGCGACAAUUUUACUUGAAGUCUCACUGGGCAAUAGCUUGCGAAUUAGAUAAGAUCUUGGUGCAAACAAUGUAAUUUUAGUUGAACAUUUUCUGUAAACAUAUAUUAACUCAAUGUUCAUUUCUUUGUUUACGGUCCAAUACUUCAAAGUGAUUUCGUCUCUACUAGAUCUCCAGUAGUCCAAGCUUCUAGAUGUAUAUACAUAUUCGAGUAUAGUCAAGAAAAUAUCCAUAUCUAUUAGUAUUACGACACGCUAUUAAAGUGAUUCAUUUUAUAUUCUAGACUCAAUAGCUAGACUGAGUGUCAAACAUAUUGUAGCCUAUAAUCUAGAUUUAUAAAGAAUAUGAGUGAUGACAAUCUCACGGGACUUCUGGCGACAUGGUCUCUUCUAAGAAAGUCAAAGUUUCUCAGUGAGGAGUUUUUAGACUUGAGCGAAAACAUCGUCUGCACGAUGGUCAGAAGUGAGCAGUUUGUAACAUGCCGUGAGUUUAUUUCCGGGCUAACUUGUGAGGAGUUCGUGCUGCUUCGAGGGCGUGAGACCUUUCUGAAAGCUUUGAUAAGACUUUACUUCAACGAAGGCUUUUACUCAGAUGUUAUCAUGUUGAUAAAAAAUGGAACUUUUAAAGAGCCGUGUGAGUUGCUGGAGCUAUGGAAUAAAAGUCAUUACCGUCUGCAGGCUGUGGACACUGGGAAGCAGUUGACAGCAGCCAGGAAAUUUCGAAUUCGAAAAAGAUUCCCCCCACCCAAGUCCAUCUGCUUGAACGAUGUACAUCUCAAGCUUACAUCAGUUCAACAUCUGUAUCGAUGGUUUCAACGUCAGGGCAGACAUCCCAAUCUUAAAGAAAUGGAUGACCUCUCAGAUUCAACGGGACUGUCCAGAAGAAAUGUGCAGGCAUGGAUAAGAAUAUUCAGAAAACUUCACAAAAACAUUAAUAAGAAAAAUCAAUUUAAACUCAGGAAGUCCCAAAUUUAUCUUUACAGCACCAAUGGUAACCCAGUGAUCAUAGCACAAGCAGAUCCCCACACAGGAACAGGAAUUAAAGAAAACAACGAAGAAUCUAACCCAUUUAUUGCUUUAAACUUCAGCAGCAGUUUUUCAAUGCCUGAGGACAAUGUUAAAUGUUCCAGAGGUCACCUUCCAUUGAAAUAUUAUGAUCAUGAUCUAGUCAAAUUGCCUAGUCAGACCAAACCACAAAAUCAUUUAGAAACUAUUGGAGAUAAUGAGAAAGAAUGUUAUGUUCAAGAUCUGAUUCAGGAGAAAGUAACUCUUCACUAUUUCUCAGCAGAUGUGACAAACUCAUGGCAACCUUCCAGAAUUCAAUUUCUUUUCGAUAUUUGCAAGCAAGAAAUGUUUAAUAAAAGAAAAGAAACAUUUCAGCAAGAGAACCAGUUAGUCAGAAGUGAAUUCAAUUGUCCUUUUCCUCCAAAUGUUUCGCUUAAUCCAGUUAUGAGGACACUAUUUGGUCAGUCUUCAUCAGAAAACUUUAAUCAGAAAUAAUUUGAAGUGAAAAGUGAAACCGGAAACAUUGGAAACCUGCCCAUUCUAGUUUCAAAAACUACAUUGUCUAAUGCUGUUCUUACUGGUUCUGUUUCUAAGAUUAUAAUUGCUUUGAGUUUUCAAAGGUGAACAGGUCAUCAUUUUUUUAUUCAUUGUUUCUUUGCAAAAAAAUUGUAAUAUCAAUUUGUUUUCUCUUUGAUUUUUUAAAAUAGCUAAAAGUAUAAAUAUUAAGUAACAAAAAUAUUGUUAACUUAAAGAAUUAUUAGUUAAAUGUUUUUACAGCGAAACAAAAAAAAAAACAAU